AAACACAGUUUUCAGUUUCGAUUUAUACGCACGUCGCGUUGUGCCUUUGCAGCCGUUGGUGUUUUGGUGAACGGUGAACGCGUGCUGUCGCAAUAAUCAAUUUCUGUCACCAAUUAGUAUUGUGUACAGAAAUAACGAAAUCAACGAUAAUUCCUUUAAAUCGAACCACACUUUAACUGUUACUGCUGCAGUUUUUGGACUGAAAGUGUUUUCCAUAAUCAUAAAAUCAUAAUACGACAAGCAAAAUUUUGAAUUCGACUUACAUGCAUACAUAUGUAUAUACGUGUGGCGGCGAACAGAGUGAAGUAUAUUUGUAACCAGUUGGUGUGUAGUGCUGAAAAAAAUAGUUGUUAAUUUCCGUGCGUUAUCGGCUCACAACAACGACCUAAAUAGGCAGAAUGUGAACUGUGCUGAAAGUGUACUACAAAGCGUGCGCCCCUCAAAGUGCUUAAACGAAAGUGUAAACAACAAAGAAUAAGUAUAAGCGCAUACAAUAGAAAUUGUAUGCAUAGCAAUUGGCGGCGGCGGCCAAACUAGUGUGUUUGUUGCGAAUCCUUCACUUUGUGUUCCUUUAUUUCCCUGCCACAUUUCCGGUGUGCUUCAGUGCGCAUGUGUUAAUUAUUUGAUGUCACAGCGACAGCUGACUCAAGUCUGGCCAUUUGCACAGCACAGCAGCGGUCAGUAGUUAAAAAAAAAAAAUUACAAAAGUUUUUUAAACAAAAGUAAAAUUAAAAUAAAAAAAAAUUUUUUUUUAAUUUAAAAAAAAAUAUGUAUUGUUUACAAUCAUUAAAUAAUGUCAUGAUACAUAUAUAAAAGUACACGCAUCGUUCAACAGAAAUAAUAAUGAAAAGUCACCUCAUUGCGCACAACCAAAGCAAAUCUAAACAAAUUUUUUAUGAGCGCGCUUAAGGCUAUUCACACACAAAUGUACAUAUAUAUAUUUAGGCAAGUGAUAAUUUUAAUCAUAAAUUGCUUUGUUUCAACGGCCUUUCUCUAAAAUAUUACAAAAGAAAACCGUCGCGUGCGCGUGUGUGUGUGUGUUAGAAAACGAAAAAACACAUUUUUUUCAAAAUCAUCAAUAUAUUGCUUUUAUUUUUGUUUAUUGAAAAUUAAUUAUAAUUGUAUUACUGUAAAUAAAUACCUACAACCGAGUACUUGUGUAAGAAAUCAAGCCAAAAGUUGUGCACAUUUCAACACGGCUUACGAAACAAAACAAAAACAAAACAAAAAGUGUAUUAAUAAGAAAACCAAAACAAAAACAAAAACAGAAAAAAAAAUGUUUCGAAAUUUAUUAACGGCUAUGCCGUGUGUAAUUGCAUUGUUCUUAAUGUUGUCUGAGCUACUCGCGUCGGUGGAUGGUGUGUCGCGUCAUCAUCACAAGUACAAUGGCCAAUCAGCUGUUUCUGAGGACACUGUGUACAAUUACCUGAUGGAGUUUGAUUAUCUACCAAAGUCGGACAUCGAGACGGGCGCGCUGAGAACCGAGGAACAGCUGAAGGAUGCCAUACGGAAUCUGCAGCGCUUUGGCAACAUUCCGGCCACCGGUGAAAUAGAUGAGGCCACACAAAAACUAAUACACCGGCCACGUUGCGGUGUGGGUGAUAGCAGCCGAACUGCCAAUUUCUCACCAGAUAAUCUACAAUACGGACAUCAUCGUAUGAAACGCUACGCACUGCAAGGCUCCAAAUGGGACCGUACGGAUUUAACAUGGAGCUUGGUGAAUUGGACCAUGGAUGAUGCACCACAUAUUCGUAGAGCAGUCGCAGAAGCUCUCGAUGUCUGGUCGCGUAGUUCCAAAUUGACUUUUAGAGAAAUGAGAAGCGAUCAAGCCGAUAUCCAGGUGCUCUUCGCACGUGGAGACCAUGGUGACGGUUAUAAAUUCGAUGGACCUGGUAAGGUGCUUGCGCAUGCCUUUUUCCCCGGCGUGGGGCGCAGCGGUGAUGCACAUUUUGACGCCGAUGAGAAAUGGCAUUUCACCCGAGGGCCAAAAGGCAAAGAUGAAACAAACUUUCUCGGUGCAGCGAUUCACGAAUUCGGACACUCUUUGGGUCUGAGUCAUUCUUCUGAUCAAAACGCAAUAAUGUAUCCAUGGUAUCGUGACGAAGUUGAUAUUAAUCUGCCCGCUGAUGAUCGUAAUGCUAUUCAGCAGUUAUACGGCUCAAAAGAAAAGACAUGGGGUCGAUUUACACCUCCAACUCGUCCAAGACCUCCACUUACAACAACUACCACUACACGACGACCUUUGGUAUAUCGUCCACAAUACCCAUACAACGAACCUUAUGAUCCACAUCAUAGAAACACACAUUAUCGUACCCGACCAACCACAACCACCACAACAACUUAUAGGCCGCCACGUACAGACUCUCCGCCUCAACCAACCAGGAGUCCGUACCCACGUCGUCAAUCAACAAAGCCUAAAAAACUGAAGCCAGAUACAUGUCACACCACUUACGAUGCCAUUUCGAUCAUACGUCGAGAACUUUUCAUAUUUCGUGGCCAGUUUCUAUGGCGGAUUGGAGAUCGCGGUCUGUACGCAGGAUACCCAACUGAAACUCGCCGAUUAUGGGCUCAGUUACCUGAGAACUACUCCAAAAUCGAUGCGGUAUAUGAAAACAAAGAUCGCAAAAUUGUCUUCUUUAUUGGUCGUUAUUAUUAUGUCUUCGACUCUGUUACGCUAGUUCCGGGCUAUCCGCAACCACUCACCUCAUUAGGUCUACCGUCAUCGCUUACACACAUCGAUGCCGCCUUCGUGUGGGGCCACAAUAACCGCACUUACCUCACCAGUGGCACUUUAUACUGGCGAUUAGAUGAGGAUACAGGUCGUGUCGAAUUGGACUAUCCGCGCGACAUGUCCAUUUGGCGUGGUAUUGGUUACAACAUAGACGCCGCCUUCAAGUAUAGCAAUGGUAAAACGUACUUCUUCAAAGGCUACGGCUACUGGGAGUUCAACGACGACCUAAUGGAGGUGGCGCAUCCACGACCAAAGCUCAGUGCACGCAAGUGGAUGAACUGUCCGCGCCUAGUCAACGAAGUCGAUGAAGAGCAAACGUGGACAGCACCACUCAUCUCCGAACGAAAUGGCACGAUGGUUUUACGUAUGUCUAGUAGCGCUGCUAGUUGGAAUCACGUCGAACGGGGGAUGCUGCUCUGGAUUACGCUUGUCCUGGUAUCGCGCUGGUUCUGGACAGAUAUAACGUCCUCUACAGUCUGACAUGCCUAUAAAAGCACCGUUUCUCAUAAUGGAUUUGCAUUUUAGAAACCAACGUAUUUUCAUAGAUACAUAUUAUAUGUAUUAAAUGCGAUCUUAAUUAAAUACAUUGUGUCUUCAUAGACCUAUACCAUAGACAUUCAAACAAAAUCAUAGAAUUAGUAAUUAAGUAUUUUAUAAGUAUCAUAUAUGUUUAAGCAUAUCCGAAAACUACUAGUUCAAGGAAAACCGUUUUUUUUUUACUAUUUUUUUUGCAUAAUUCACAAAUUUUGUAAAUAAAAAAUAGAAAUAAAUUCAGUUUCACAAUUUGAAAUUUGUACACGUACACACUUUACAGAUCUCAAAAGAACAAUAAAAUACACCGAGAUAGUAGAUAAACACAAGACGCGACACGAAAAACGAACCCAACCCAUAUGGCAUUAUUAUUGAUUGGAUUACAACAAGUAAAAAUGAGCUAAAUUGGGAUGGAGCCGAGAAUUACAUAACCUAAAAUAUCAACCUUUCUUCUCAGUUUUUAAAAACAAAGAUCAUUAAGGGUUUCUUGGCCCCUACUUUAACUUGUAGACCAAUUUUCAGAAAUGCUGCCAAGUUAACAGUGCUUGGCCAGAAGAAAAUCCGUUUCCGAUUACCUAGACUCAUUAAAUGUGCAAGCGACAAGAGAUUUCUUUACACGAAUCGCUUUAUAUUCUUGUAAAUAUGAUCUGUAUAUAG